AUGUCAGGGGCGGAGGUGAUCGCGGUAGUAGCCUGCGUGGCAGCUGUCGUCUCCGCCUAUAGCGAUGGAACCCGCAUGUUCCAAGCUAUCAGGAAGAAGUACCGCGAAAAACGACGACAGUCCGAUCAGUCUGAUCGGGAGCUAGAAUGGUCCCUACGUCGCAGCCCCCAUGAGAUCGAGUCUCGGUUCCACCAAUAUCGCCAAGAGCUUGGCCCGCGAUAUAAAGAGUAUGAUGACGGUGACUCGAUCGCUCGCGAGCAGAUGAAAGAUAUCAUUAUCAAACUGCAGGGCGCUAUGCUCAAACACCUGCGGGAGGCACAGGAACGAGGCACAACCCUGGACCUGAUGGCAUUGCAGAUCGAGUCGGAGCAGGGCCGUGUUCGGACCCUCGUUGUCCUGGGGGAUCUGUAUCAGCGGCUUGCGAGGCCGUCGCCUGUUCCGACUUUCUUUUCAAUGUCCAUUGACCCCACGUAUCGCCAUGAAGAGCUGUUUGGCCAUGGGUAUUUCCCCCAUUCUCCAGACGCAUACUUGCCACCUGCCGGACCAUCGUCCAGCGGGUACCCUUUUGCCACGCGCGGCCUUAUACGAGAGGAGAUCUGUGUGUCACCGACGGAGGCAUUUGAGAGGCCAAGAGAGCCCGAACACUGGAGUCCAACACGUCGGCGAUGGUCAUCUGGCUUUGGCUCUGUCAUGAAUAAUAUGAGCGAUAGGCUGCAUCAUCGACCGAGUCGCGAGAGUACACCGUCUUUUGCAUCCCCUUCGUCCGCGCCCGAUCGCGAGUCCGGAUUCUUCCAACAAAACCGGGUCCAGACACUGUGGCCGUCGUCGCCAGAGCCAAUUCCCGAGCUCGAUGUCAGGCCCGCCACACCGAAACGUGAACCAGUGCCACGACUGAGCCUGUUCCCCCACGACGAGUUGUCGGGAAACCCAUGGGCACCUGACUCGGACGACGAGAAUGAUUCUGCUUACAAUAAAGAAACGAACCAUCACCUCUCCCAGCUCCACAAUAACCCCAUUUCCGCACCUACCAUUGCCUCAACAGAUGCUUAUACAGCUCCUCUCUCCGCCCCCUCGAUCGCCUCAACAGACUCCACUCGCUCGAACCCAUCAACCACAAGCAGCACCGAUCCACCCCACAAAGCCAUCCGUCCCCUCUGGCCACCGAGCAAAACAAACAACUAUCUCGGCUUCUGCAAAGGCGCCUGGAAAGUCCACGCCGGCUUCGGCGGAUUCAAAAUCUACCGGGAGCCCGGAACAGGGUAUUACACGCAACGGUCGUGGCUGCGGUGCGCCAAGUGCGCCUUCGAAGCACCACUAGCCCCAGGCAAAAGCUCCAGCCACAACCCACAGUUCGAAGAUAGCAUCCGCACGCACAAACGCACCGGCGUCCGGUACCGAUAUGAAUUCUUGGCGAAAUCCCACGUGCCGUGCAAGCGAGACUCGGCGGCACAUUUCUCUCCGAAUACUCCGCGCGGGGCAUUCUGCUGCGUCUUUUGCUGUGCGAUGGCACAGGGUUCCACGCAGGUCUUUGGGAAUUUGGAUACGUUCAUGGCGCAUUUAGCGGAGCAGCAUUGGGAAGUUGAGGGGGGGACGUUGGCUGUUUUGCCGAGCACGAAGUGUAUUAUUGGACGGGUGGCACAUGAUUCGGAGUAUUUUGAUGUAAAUAUUCCGCCGGCCCGAAACGGCUGA